AUGACUCCAACAACCCAAGGAACACUUUCUACCACUCCAACAACGCAAGGAACAGCUGCUACAGCUCCAACCACACAAGGAACAGUUGCUACAACUCCAACAACGCAAAGAACAACUGCAAUAUCUCCAACAACACAAGGAACAGCAGCUACAACUCCAACCACACAUGGAACGGCUACUACAACACCAACAACACAAGGAACAGCUUUUACAAUUCCAACAACACAAGUAACAGCUGCUAGAACUCCAACAACACAAGGAACAGCUGCUAAAACGCCUACAACACAGGGAACAGCUGCUACAACUGCAACAACAAAAGGAACAGCUGCUACAACUCCAACAACGCAAGGAACAACUGCAACAUUUCGAACAACACAAGGAACAGCAGCUAGAACUCAAACAACCCAUGGAGCAGCUGCUACAAGUCCAACAACACAAACAACAGCUGCUACAAGUCCAACAACACAAGAAACAGCUGCUACAACUCCAACGACACAAGGAACAGUUGCCACAACUUCAAUAACACAAGAAACAGCUUCUACAACUCCAACCACACAAAAACCAGUCGCUACAACUCCAACAACACAAGAAGCAAUUGCAACAUCUCCAACAACACAAGGAACAGUAGCUACAACUCCAACAACACAAGGAACAGUUGCUACAAAUCCAACAACGCCAGGAAAAACUGCAACAUCUCCAACAACACAAGGAACAGCAGCUACAACUCCAACCACACAUGGAACAGCUGCUACAACACCAACAACACAAAGAACAGCUUUUACAAUCCCAACAACACAAGCAACAGCUGCUACAACUCCAACAACACAAGAAACAGCUGCCACAACGUCAACAACACAAGGAACAGCUGCUACAACUCCAACAACACAAGAAACAGCUGCUACAACUCCAACAACACAAGAAACAGUGGCCACAACGAACACAAGGAACAGCUUCAACAACUCCAACAACACAAGGAACAGCUGCUACAACUCCAACAACACACACAACAGCUGCUACAAGUCCAACAACACAAGAAACAGCUGCUACAACUCCACAACACACACAACAGCUGCUACAAGUCCAACAACACAAGAAACAGCUGCUACAACUCCAACAACACAAGGAACAGUGGCCACAACGGUUAUAACACAAGGAACAGCUUCUACAACUCCAACAACACAAGGAACAGCUGCUACAACUCCAACCACACAUGACAACACAAGGAACAGUUGCCACAACGUUUAUAACACAAAGAACAGCUUCUACAACUCCAACAACACAAGGAACAGCAGCUACAACGCCGAACAACACAAGGAACAGCAGCUAGAAUUCCAACAACCCAAGGAGCAGCUGCUACAACUCCAACAAUACAAGGAACAGUUGCCACAACUUCAAUAACACAAGGAACAGCUUCUACAACACCAAUAACACAAGGAACAGCUGCUACAACUCCAACCACACAAAAACCAGUUGCUACAACCCAACAACACAAGAAGCAACUGCAACAUCUCCAACAACAGAAGGAACAGCAGCUACAACUCCAACAACACAAGGAACAGUUGCUACAAUUCCAACAACGCCAGGAACAACUGCAACAUCUCCAACAACACAAGGAACAGCAGCUACAGCUCCAACCACACAUGGAACAGCUGCUACAACACCAACAACACAAGGAACAGCUUUUACAAUUCCAACAACACAAGUAACAGCUGCUAGAACUCCAACAACACAAGGAACGGCUGCCACAACUACAACAACACAGGGAACAGCUGCUACAACUCCAACAACACAAGAAACAGUUGCUACAACUUCAAGAACACAAGGAACAGCUUUCACAACUCCCACAACACAAGGAGCAGCUGCUACAACUCCAACAACACAAACAACAGCUGCUACAAGUCCAACAACACAAGAAACAGCUGCUACAACUCCAACAACAGAAGGAACAGUUGCCACAACGGUUAUAACACAAGGAACAGCAAACAACAGCUGCUACAAGUCCAACAACACAAGAAACAGCUGCUACAACUCCAACAACAGAAGGAACAGUUGCCACAACGGUUAUAACACAAGGAACAGCUUCUACAACUCCAACAACACAAGGAACAGCUGCUACAACUCCAACCACACAUGAAACAGUUGCUACAACUCCAACAACACAAGAAGCGACUGCAACAUCUCCAACAACACAAGGAACAGUUGCCACAACGUUUAUAACACAAAGAACAGCUUCUACAACUCGGAACAACUGCAACAUUUCGAAAAAACAAUACAAGGAACAGUUGCCACAACUUCAAUAACACAAGGAACAGCUUCUACAACACCAAUAACACAAGGAACAGCUGCUACAACUCCAACCACACAAAAACCAGUUGCUACAACUCCAACAACACAAGAAGCAACUGCAAUAUCUCCAACAACAGAAGGAACAGCAGCUACAACUCCAACAACACAAGGAACAGUUGCUACAACUCCAACAACACAAGGAACAGCUGCUACAACUCCAACAACACAAGGAACAGCUUGCCACAACGUAUAUAACACAAAGAACAGCUUCUACAACUCCAACAACACAAGGAACAGCAGCUACAACUCCAACCACACAUGGAACAGCUGCUACAACUCACACAACAAAAGGAACAGCUGCUACAACUCCAACAACGCAAGGAACAACUGCAACAUUUCGAACAACACAAGGAACAGCAGCUAGAAUUCCAACAACCCAAGGAGCAGCUGCUACAACUCCAACAAUACAAGGAACAGUUGCCACAACUUCAAUAACACAAGAAACAGCUUCUACAACACCAAUAACACAAGGAACAGCUGCUACAACUCCAACCACACAAAAACCAGUUGCUACAACUCCAACAACACAAGAAGCAACUGCAAUAUCUCCAACAACAGAAGGAACAGCAGCUACAACUCCAACAACACAAGGAACAGUUGCUACAACUCCAACAACACAAGGAACAGCUGCUACAACUCCAACAACACAAGGAACAGGCUACAACUCCAACAACACAAGGAACAGUUGCUACAACUCCAACAACACAAGGAACAGCUGCUACAACUCCAACAACACAAGGAACAGUUGCCACAACGUAUAUAACACAAAGAACAGCUUCUACAACUCCAACAACACAAGGAACAGCAGCUACAACUCCAACCACACAUGGAACAGCUGCUACAACUCACACAACAAAAGGAACAGCUGCUACAACUCCAACAACGCAAGGAACAACUGCAACAUUUCGAACAACACAAGGAACAGCAGCUAG